AUGUCUGCUUCUUCUUGUUCAUAUUCGUCUUCUUUCUCUGCUUCUGCUUCUUCUUAUUCGUCUUCUUACACUGUUUCUGCCACCAAUUCUGAUUCGUAUUCUUCCUCUGUCACUGUUUCUUCUCCGCAUUGUAUUUCAAGAGAUAUCGAACAUCUCCUUCUUCUGGCUACGGCUGCUCUGGAUUACGAAUUUGAGCUAAAGGUAGUGAAAAGAAGUCGUUCAAAAAGGCCAUUGAGAUCAAACUGUACUCACUGGAGAUCAGAUCUGAGGAAAUUGGACAGUAAGCCAUCGAUGACAGAGAUUGAGGUUCAUCAGAGCGAUGCUUAUCCUUUACAGUCGAGCCAAUCUUCCUCCACCAUUGUUAACACUGAAGAAGCUUCUCAAGUGAAGGUUACAAGUAUGCACAAUACGUCCAAUUAUUGGAGGUUUAAAGGAAGGUACAGAGAAGCUCUGACUUCUCCUAGGCUUCGAAGAUGUGCAGAUGCCAUUAUCAAUUUGUUGUCUUCGGGAAACGCUUCAGAGACCAGUAUCAGGCAAAUUAUAGGGAACAGCCCUGAUACUAGCAAAGCGCUUAGAGUGCUUAUAAAGAAAGGAGAAGUGGUUCGGUCUGGCACCGGGGGGCGAGGAGACCCAUUUCUUUACGAGGUUGCGGCCCCGAAAUGACUCGGAAUCACAGGGGAUAAAGAACGCUUACCAAAACCGACGUAAUUGGUACAAGUCGAUUCACGUUUCAUUCAUUAUUUUUGCUGACGUUUCCAGGAAAUUUGAUCAACUUCGGUAAGGAAAAACAAA